AAAGGUUAGGGUUUCGUCGUCUGUUAUGCUCCCGCGCUCCAAAUCCCCUGCGGCAGAUCUCUUUUUCCCCGUACCACUAUGAUCAUCCCCCAGAAGAAUCGCCAUGAGAUCUGCAAGUACCUCUUCCAAGAGGGGGUGCUGUUCGCGAAGAAGGACUACAACCUCGCCAAGCACCCGGAGAUCGAGGUGCCGAACCUGCAGGUGAUAAAGCUGAUGCAGAGCUUCAAGUCGAGAGAGUACGUGAGGGAAACCUUCGCGUGGCAGCACUACUAUUGGUACCUAACCAACGAUGGGAUUGAGUACCUCCGCACCUACCUCAACCUCCCGUCCGAGAUCGUCCCCGCGACUCUGAAGAAGUCCUCCAGGCCGCCGCCCCGACCCUUUGGUUCUGGCCCUCCUGGUGAUCGCCCAAGGGGUCCACCUCGCUUUGAAGGUGACCGGCCGAGGUUUGGCGAUAGGGAUGGGUACCGCGGAGGCCCUCGAGGAGGCCCUCCAGGUGAUUUCAGUGGUGACAAGGGUGGCGCUCCUCCUGAGUUUCAGCCAUCAUUCAGGGGUACUGAAGGUAGGGCUGGCUUUGGCCGUGGUCGUGGUGGUUAUGGAGCAGGUGCAACAUCGUCAAUGGACAUGUAGGUUACCUGAAGCAGCAAUCUUGCUGUGAGCUAUACUCUGCAACUCUUUUGCAUGGGUGACGAGGAAUUCGUUAUCGUUUAGUAUCUCAGAAACUACCUUACAUUGUUAAUCUGAUAAUAAAGUUGACACGAAUUUAAUAUUGGAAACACGUCUCAAGAUGUCUUACCAGCAAAUUUGCUCUCUCUUUCAAUUUUUGAUGUUGUAAUAGGUUUACGAAGCAUAGACAUUGGUCACCGCCACUGAAAGUGGCCAGUUAUGAUCGAGGGCGUGAUGUUUACACUUGUAAGCUAAGCUAAUUGGUGCAAUGGCUUUGUCUUUACAGUGAGUUCAUCUA